AUGGGGCAGGGCCAUCCCUCACUCUGGCCCCUUCUCCAGCAGCUAUGGGAGUUUCUCUCCCAGCGCGUCUUCUCCGAGAGCGAAAAAGAAGGGCAACGCACACUUGCACUCAGUGUUGCAAGGUUCACCAGAAACAUUGUCGCUAACGUACCAUCCAAUCAAGUUCACGCGUUCGAGAGCGAGCCUUUCAUUCGAAAGCUCAUUCAUAGCGCAACAUCAUGGUCCGUUAUGCAGGACUCAUCCUCGUUUGCGUGCACUCGGAUGAUGGUGCAAGCCAUGUCAAACAUCGUUACCGCAAAUGAACAACUUUUGAACGCCAUCUGGGGCACAUACACAAGUCUCCCAGAUGAACAAUCCAUCCUAGUUCGGCUAUUGGCCUGUCCCGACGCCAAGAUUAUACUCUCCGUACUAGUAUUCAUAAUGAACUGUGUACACGAAGACCAGCAGAGGUGUGCGGCCCUCGUUAGAACACCGGCAGGUGCCCGCAUCUGCAUCCUGAUUCUGGAUCGUAUGGUCGAUUUGUAUGAUGCAGAUGAGAACACCGAAUGGGCUCACGCAUUUGACUACGGGUAUCAUCUCUUCGCCCAUCUAUUCAAUAACGGAUUUGCUUCCGAGCUAUACACACGGUUAUCAGUGGCCGACGAGGUCAUCUCACCUCACCAGACUGUUCUGCUCAAGCUCCUGGACUCGCACUUGCAGUCUUCGCAUCCUCAUUCGAUCCAUAAGCAUCUCUGCGUGACGCUGACGGCGACCUUCUUCGAACUUUCCACGUACGCGCAGGGGUCGAUCGCACGCGCGCUUGGGCCACCGCCUCCGUCAGGGUCGGAGGAUGAUCAUGCUCCUCGAGAACUCGACGUUCUGUUGCCGAAGGUCUGCGAAGCGCUGGUGCUAGUUACACAGUGCCUCGCGACGAUGAUACUGCACUCCGAGGCAGUCCGGAUAGACAAUAUUUCAAACGAGGACCUGCAGCGAGACGUCAACAGUUUCCGCGAUGCAACGGGGCGGUACGUUGUCGAAAACAUCGUAGAACUUCUCCGCCGCCUAGAUGCAUUUUUACCGCGGAUAAAUUUUGGAAAGCCGGUUGAUUCUCCAUAUGGCGGACCUCAGCUUCCUGCUGCAGCUGACCCAGCGGGCUUCGUAUACCUCAAGCGCGAUCUCGUCCGACUGCUCGGCGUCCUGUGUCACAACGAUAGAAGAGUCCAGGAUCUCGUCCGUACGUGCGGGGGCAUCCCGGUUGUCAUGAAUAUGUGUGUAAUCGACGAGCGGAAUCCAUAUCUUCGCGAGCAUGCUAUAUUAGCUAUUCGCAAUCUCACCGCAGACAAUGUGGAAAACCAAAGUGUUGUCAACGAGAUACAGCCUGUGCAGACGUCAACCUAAUUGAAAAUAGUCCAAGGAUAGUGCAACUCUCCCAUAGCCGUUGAAAGCACCGUUUGCUAUAGUAUAAUUAACCCAAAGCCGGAGAGACAUCGCAGAUACUAAUAGCUACUAUACUACAUUUUAAUUACUCUUCCUCUUCAUCAUCGGAAUCUAUGGCUCGCUUUCGUCGAGAGCUCGAGCCGCUCUUGCGAACCUUGUACUCUUCCUCGUCUUCGCUUUCUAAAUCCAUACCAGCAUCCUCACCAACGGCGUCUUCGUCGUCGUCAUCCCUGUGUUUCCGUUUCCUAUCUGAUGUUUGCUGGCUAAUUUUGGCGUCCAACCUAUCAAGCGGAUCCUCUUCCUCAUCCUCGUCGCGACUCUUCUUUUUCUUAGGCCUGGGCGGCGGGGCAAAGUCGCCGUCCUCUUCCGAUUCAUCCGCAACGACGAAAUCGUCUUCCUGAUACUCCCCUGGCCCGCGCUUCUGCUCAUCUACCCUUCUUUUGCGCAUUCCCAUGUCAUCCUCGUCCUCCGAACCCUCGGCGUACUCGGGUUCAUCGUCGUCCGACCAGACAUCGUGGUUCGUCCGCUUGCUGCGGCCACCGCCGUAUCCUGACCGCCGCCUGGAUCGCCCGCCGUACCCGCCGUCGUCCGCCUUUUUUCGCGAUUUUUUCGCCGACUGCCUCGCGAGCUCGGCCUGCUCGCGUGCGGGGUCCAUGGUCGGCUCGGGCGCCAUGCGCAGGCGCGCGACUUUAUUGUGUUUCUGCCCGACUGCGCGCACGAGCAUGCGGUGCGUCUCCGACUGCAUUCCCGUCGGCCGGAGGGACAUGAAGCCAGUGAUGACGGUCUCGGCCUGGAGUACCUCGGAGCGCUUGUGCUGCGCGACGAGGUAUGUGAGUCCCUGGGACCUGACACUUGAAUUUGAGGGUUGGGACUGAGGUUGGGACUGGGACUGGGAGGGCUGGGAGCCACCCAGUGAGGAACGGGCGACGCCGCCGGAGGUGUCCACCUGUUGGUUGAUAUCGAAUAGCUCUUUUCCUAGGCGAAGGCUAAGGCUUCCAUCAGACCAGCGGAUUACACGGCUGUUAG